UUAUCGCCAUGCUAUUGGUGGAUCGUAGAUGCCAGUCAUUUCUGUAGCCGCGCCCACACUCCUGCUUCCCCGAAAUUGACACAAAACUGUUAUCAAGUAGUGACUAAUUGAGAGCCGGUCAGACGGCAGGUGGUUCGAGCUACACAACAGCCGGUCGUUUGGGGGCUGAUCCACAAAAUUAUUACCUCAAAACUAAAAGGAAAUUUAAAAAAAAAUAAGAGUGACCUUUAUGAUUCUAUUAAAUACGAUGAGUUAUUCUAAUUUCGAAUUAUUGGUAAACAUAUAUCUACCAAGAAGAGGAAAUCUGUAAAGAUUGCAUAAUGCAAAAUGAAGAUUGACAAUGGCAUUUAAUUUUAAAACUAUUCCAGCAAAACAAAGACCUUGGAACUGUUUUAACGGGAUUUCACUCAGUGAUGGGUAAUCCACUCGCGUCAGUUUAGAAUCGGAAGCAAAAUGCGCCUUUGCCUGAAGAAGGUCUUUCUGAUGAUAUCUGGGGCCACGGUCACUUUCCUUCUCCUGGCGCUGUUGGAUUACCAGCGGCGAGAAGGCAGCAGCGGGGUCAAGGUGUCGGCCGCUCCGAGCGUCCGGCGUUCCGGAGGGGACCCGCUGCCCGGAGCAGUCAGACCCAGACUGACAUCUCAAGGUACGAACCCCUCAGAGCGAGAGCCUCGGCAGCGGGAGGUGGAACUGAAGGACAUUUUUAUCGCCAUCAAAACCACUCACAAAUUCCACAAAUCCAGACUGGAAUUGCUUCUGCAGACUUGGAUCUCAAGAGCUUGGAAACAGACGUAUAUCUUCACUGAUGGUGAUGAUGAGGAGCUGAAGAUCAGGACAGGUCACCGGGUCAUCAAUACCAAUUGCUCUUCUGCCCACAGCCACCAAGCCUUGUCAUGCAAGAUGGCGGCGGAGUUCGAUGUGUUUGUGGCAUCACGCCUAAGGUGGUUCUGCCACGUUGACGACGAUAACUACGUCAACGUCCGCGCUCUGCUCGAGCUCCUGUCCAGCUUCCCCCUGACGCAGGACGUCUACGUGGGAAAGCCCAGCCUGGACCGGCCAAUUGAGGCAUCCGAGAAACUGCCCAACAAUAAAACGAAAUCGGUGCACUUUUGGUUUGCCACGGGAGGUGCUGGGUUCUGUAUCAGCCGUGGCUUGGCAUUGAAGAUGAUACCCUGGGCCAGCAAUGGACAUUUUAUGAACACGGCGGAGAGAAUCCGUCUCCCUGACGACUGCACCAUCGGUUACAUCGUCGAGGCCAUCCUGGGCGUGCGCCUGAUCCGAAGUCCACUUUUCCAUUCGCACCUGGAGAACCUGCAGCUGGUUUCCAGAGCCCAGAUUAAAAGCCAGGUCACUUUAAGUUACGGAACCUUUGAGAACAAAAGAAAUAUCAUUGAGAUGAAGGGAUCAUUUUCUGUUGAUGAGGACCCUUCCAGGUUCAAGUCUAUUCACUGUCUACUGUACCCAGAAACACCUUGGUGUCCCUGGACCUCUGACAUGUCUCAGGGUUAAAGGUUACUGGAGGCUAGAGUCACAGUUGCCAACUCUGCACUUUCUUUGCACUUUGGGCCACUGAUGUUUGCAACCAAUGGUGUGAAAUAAAAGAAAGAGGAACAAAGGAAAAAUGAAAACUCUACCAGAACUAUGCUGGAAUGAAAAUUAGUCACACCAUGUCUUCACCAACUUGGCAUACGAAGGAGUGGACCCCAGCUACACACAAAGACAAUAAGAAAAUGCCAAUGAAAUCCUUGACCGGGAAAUAUUUUGAAAGAAGAUUUAUUUUUAAAGUAUGAUAGAUUUUUGUAUAUUUUUGCAUAACUGGAUAGAGCCCUGGCUUGUUUCUCUGCACACACAAAAGGCGAUUCGAGAUAAUGAUUGUGUACAUCAGUGAGACCUGAUUUAGACUGGGGGACUGCUUUGCCGAGCACAUUUGCUCCAUCCGCAACAGACAAGAUUUCCUGGUGGCUGACCUUUUUAAUUCCAAUCCCCAUUCCCAUUCCUAUUCCUAAAUGUCAGUCUAAGGCCUCCUCCACUAACACAGUGAAGCGACUUUAAGGUUGGAGGAGCAGCACCUCAUAUUCCUCCAACUUGAUGGCAUGAACAUCAACUUCUCAAACUUCUGGUCAUUUCUCUUCUCUCCACUUCUUUCUAUUUCAUUUCCCCACUCUGGCUCCCCUCUUACCCCCUCUCUUCUCCUCACUUGCCAACUGCCUCCAUCUGAUUCCCCUCCAAAUUCCCUUUCACCCAUGGUCUACACUCCUCUCCUAUCAGAUUCUUUCUUCAGCUCUUCACAUUUUCCACCUAUCAUCUCCCAGAUUAUCACUUUAUCUCCCAAUCUGGAAACCAACCACUUUGUCUUACCUACCACCUGCCGGCUUGGACUCCUUCUUCUCACCCGUCUUCUUACUCUGGUUUUCCCCCGCCUGCUUUCCAGUCCUGAUGAAGGGUCUUAGCCCGAUACUACAACAGUUUAUUCCCCUCCAUAGAUGCUGCCUGACCUGCUGAGUUCCUGUAUUUUAGUGAUGAUGCAGGACAGCCUAGUGUGCUGGCUCACUGAGAGAUGCUCUGCACAGUAAAAAGCUUGCUGACUGUGAAUUUCUGCCAGCUGUGGCUUUCUGGAAAUAUAUUUAAAAUUUUUGGAAUCAAGAAACUAACAUGGUAACACUGUUGGUCUUGUUCUCUCUGUCUGGGGUGUGAUUGUUUGCCUGAUGUCUGGACUGUGAGUGUUUGCUCUCUCUCUGUCUGGGGUAUGAGUGUUUGUUCUCUCUCCUCUCUCUCUCCUCUCCCUCCUCUCCCUCCUCUCCCCCGUGAGUGUUUGCCCCCUCUGUCUGUCUGUCUCUCUCUGGACUGUGUGUUUCCUCUCUCCCCCUCCUGGACUGUGAGUGUUUGCUCUCUCUCUGUCUGGAGUAUGAGUGGUUGUUCUCUCUCUCCUCUCCCUCCUCUCCCUCCUCUCCCUCCUCUCCCUCCUCUCCCUCGUCUCCCUCCUCUCCCUCGUCUCCCUCGUCUCCCUCGUCUCCCUCGUCUCCCUCGUCUCCCUCGUCUCCCUCCUCUCCCUCCUCUCCCUCCUCUCCCCCGUGAGUGUUUGCCCCCUCUAUCUGUCUGUCUGUCUCCCUCUGGACUGUGUGUUUCCUCUCUCCCCCUCCUGGACUGUGAGUGUUUGCUCUCUCUGUUGGGGUGUGAGUAUUUGCUGUCUGUGCUGGGUGUGAUUGUUGGUGUGAGUCACUGGCAAAGCCACUGUUGAUAGCUUAGCUGUGCAUGUGCAGCAGAGUGACCUUGUGGUUAGCUAUAACGACACCAACGAUCUCCAAUCGGGGAUUGAUUCCUGCUGCUACUUUAAAGAGUUUGCACAUUCUCUGUGUGGUUUUGCUUCGGGUCUUUGGUUUUAUCCCUCAUUCGGUCAGCUUGUGGUUAGGUUUCAUGCGUUGUGGACAAGCUGUGUUGGCACUGUCGGUGUGAUGACUCAAUCUGAGCACAAGAGAUCCUGUCACUUCUGAAAAUCUAGAUUAACCCAGAGAAUGUGGAGGGACCCAGCUGGUCAGUCAGCAUCUGCGGUGGGAUAAAGAGUCACAUUUUGAGCAAGACUCCUCAUCAGCACCUCCCGUCAUGGGUGUUUAUUCCUCUCCAUAGAUGCUGCCUGACCUGUUGAGUUCCUCCGCUCGUUUGGUGUGACUUGAUGCAAAUGACAUACAGUAUUUCAUGGUAUGUUUCAAUGUACAUGUGACAAAUAAACUCAUCUCU